AUGCGCGAGGGCACGGCGCUGCCCGGCGGCCCCGCCGCGCCCGCGCCCGUGCCCGUGCCCGCGCCCGCGCCCGUGCCCGGGUUCCUCGCCAAGCUCUGGGCGCUCGUGGAGGACCCGCACAGCGACCACGUCAUCUGCUGGAGCGCGAAUGGCGAGAACUUUUGCAUCCUAGAUGAGCAGAAGUUUGCUAAGGAGCUGCUCCCCAAGUACUUCAAACACAACAACAUCUCCAGCUUCAUACGACAGCUUAACAUGUAUGGCUUCAGGAAGGUAGUUGCUCUGGAGAAUGGUAUGAUCACAGCAGAGAAGAGUUCUGUCAUUGAGUUUCAGCAUCCUUUCUUCAAGCAAGGCAAGGCACAUUUACUGGAAAACAUCAAGCGCAAGGUCUCUGCAGUAAGAACUGAGGAUCUCAAGGUCUGCACAGAGGACUUGCACAAAGUUCUCACAGAAGUUCAGGAAAUGAGAGAGCAGCAGAACAACAUGGAUGUCAGGCUGGCUAACAUGAAGAGAGAAAAUAAAGCCCUGUGGAAAGAAGUGGCAGUUCUGAGGCAGAAGCACAGCCAACAACAGAAGCUGCUGUCUAAGAUUCUUCAAUUUAUACUAAGCUUGAUGCAAGGAAAUUAUAUUGUUGGGGUCAAAAGAAAAAGGUCUCUGACGGACGCUGCGGGUGCUUCAACCUCCAAAUACAGUCGUCAGUACGUCCGCAUUCCUGUGGAGAGCAGCCAGGCGAUGACUUUCUCUGAACAUAAUGGAGGUGAUGAGGAUGGAAAUGGUACUGGUCUCAUCAUUCGAGAUAUCACUGAUACCCUGGAAAAUCCCACAGAUGGUCUCCUUGCUGUCGCACACACGAGCAGCAGAGCCGGAGAGACGCAGGCAGCUCUGGAUCCUGGCUUACCUGUUUGCCAAGUAUCGCAGCCAAACCAGCUGGAUUGUGCAGAACCUCGCCCACCGUUUCAUGUCAGUGAUGUCCCCAAACGCAGUGAAAUGGGGAAUGCUGCAGUGGAACUUCAUACUUCACAGCCCAGUGCUCCAGAAGACCCUGUGUCAGUGAUUGACUCCAUCUUGAAUGAGAACAACUCUGGAGGCCAAAAUGAUCCUUUGCUGGACAGAGAGGAAAUUCAGGAUUUUCUCAAUUGUAUUGAUGCCAGCCUUGAAGAACUUCAAGCAAUGUUAUCUGGGAAGCAGUAUAACUUCGGCUCAGAAGCAUUCAGCGAUACGCUUAAUCCUGAGCUACCAGCCCUAGAUAUGGGCUUGAUGGAAGCUUCCCCUGGUAUGGAAAAUAUCGCAAGCUUGGCAGAGAGCGCUGAAGAUCUGGGAGUGAGUGAGCGAGAAACCACAGGAAGCAAAGAUAUGCAGCUGAUACAGUACCGGGCCAACCCUCUGCUCUCCUUAUUCGAAGAGCUUCCUUCCAGUGACACUGCAGGGAAAAUGGAGGAUCCGAAAGACCUUCUGUUGCCCGCCUUGGAGGAGAAACCUGCUCCUCAUCCGCUGUCAGAUAGUGAAACUGUCUUGCCGCUAGCAGCUCCAGCAAGCCAGGCUGAGCCUCUGGAUGCUCUGGGAAUGGGUGAUCCCCCUCUCCUCUCAGAAGAUGCAAAUGGAGAGUAUAAACUGUUUCCACUCUUGCUCCUCAGUCCUGUUGCUAACUUCAUAGAAGAGGCCUCCGAGAUAGAAACUUCUUGAACUCACAUCACAUCCAUCACUGGCUUAGUGAUAUGAAAUAGACAACAAAGAAAUGGAUCGGGAAGGAGUUCGACCUCUCUCCUCGCCUGUGUCCUGGGAAGAAAGGGCUCUUCCUGCAAGCCAAGAGCACGUCUGGAAAAAUUGAAAACAAGAGAUGGGCGGAGUGAAGGCACUGGGCGGAGGGGAAGACCAGCCUGCCUGUAAACAUGCCGCAGCAUAUUCCCUAACUUUUAUAUCCAAUAUCCUUAUUGCAAAAGGAAAUCUGUUUGUAUUCUGUUUGUAAAGUUUGGCUGGAUUUUUCUGUUGUUUUUUUAGCUAGAUAGUGACGUGCUGUGUGAUAUUUUAAAGGUGGGUUUUCCUCUUCCCGAGAGCCUGUUUCAAUCUCUGUUGUUUGGAACUAAGGUUUCUUUAAAUGUUGCUUUAUAUUGAGAUUUUAAGGUUUUUUUUUUUUUUUGUGAUAGUUUGUGGCUACAACUCUUUGCAUCUGCUUAGGUCACUUUUGUACUCCUAGAUUUGCUCCUAGGUACAGGGAACAUUUUUUCCUAUGGAAAAUUACAUUUUAACUGUGGAAUAUUACUUUUUAACAUGCUAUCAUGCCUCCAUUGCCACAGAUUGUAGGUGUUGUGGUAGGAAGCGCUUGCCGCCCUGCAUAAUGCUGGUUUCUCAUGCACAUUGCAUGGCACUUCUCCUUGGGCCACUCGCAACUCGCUCGCAGGCUACGUGUCCCUAGGAAUUGUGGUUCACAUCUAGCAAAGUCCGGCACCUUCCCUUAACAUGAGGUAGUAGGGAAAGGAGUCGUGGGGUAACUGACAUUGACACAGGGUGUUUUAUUAAGGUUUCUCCCCUGCUUGCAGCAGUUAAUUGUUUCCCUGACACUACGUGAACACAGGACUUCCACCUGCACUUUCUGCCUGUGGAAUCUUAAAGCUAAAUUAACUGGAUCCGUUUGAGUCCUUUGACAGCAAAUUACAAAAAACAGUGUCUGCUUAAUCAAAAACCUCUUCUCCUGGAUUCCUUUCUGCAAUGUUUUAGUGACUCCUGUGAGCAGCUGCAAUGUGGACACUAGCCCUGGUGUCAGCAGAAUAUCAAGUUCUCCUCCACUGAGACUGGGUUUGUGACAGUCUGCUCUAUCCCUCAAACCCAAGACCUGUGGUGGGGAUCCCAGGCCGUUGAGGCUGAAGAGGCCUGGAGGCAGGCAGAAACCCCACUGUGAAACACCAGGGGGUAUUUCCCACCAGUGCCAUUACUUGGAAACUUGUCAAGUUUCAGGAAUUCAGGCUGCCUGCAGGCAUUGUUCUCACCUGAACCAGUAAGAUUUGACAUCCGGCAUUCUCAAGAAUGUUAGUCUGGCGUUCUGAAGCCUGCUGCAUCACAUGCGUUGCCUGUGCUGGCCCUGCCCAAUUGGAUUUGUGCUACCUUGUCAGAUCUCUUGAGCUCAGAGGAGAAUCUUACUGCUGAGGGAGGGUACAUGUGUCCUCUUACUCCCAAGCUUCUGAAACUGUUCUUUACCUUGUAGCGUGUCCUGUUCGUGUCUGUUGAAUUGCCUUUUGCCAAGUGUGUCAUAUCCUAGCUAUUCCUAGGUUUUCCUUGGCUUAACUUCUUGGGACAAAGGGCUGAACAGUCUCAAGUUUUUGUUGAGCUACAGGGAGAGGGAGGAAAUGAGUGCAUUGUGUGUCUGCAUUUCUUCCCAAAGGCCUCAGUUUUGCAGUGAAGCAAUGAAAACCAGACUUUUCUACUGUGCUGCUCUGAGAGCACAGUGGAGACUGCUGUGUUCCCUGGGAGGCUCAGCAUCCCUGACAGGUUUGACUGCAGUGUAGUUCCCGGGGUGGGGCACUGUGAUGCUCUUCCCUCGCAGUGUGUCUCCCUGGCAGACAGCUGCUCUGAUUGCAGAGGAGUUUUUGAUGCACUUUUUCUCUUCAAGAGUUAAGGAAGAAAGGCUUAAGAGAGCUGCAAAUAAACACUUGUGAAUCUCUCUGGUUUGUGCACUGGUCUAGGAAAAGUGCGUGCUUAUGCAAGUUUCCUAAGACUGAUCGCAAUGGGAAGGGGAAGGUGGAAGAGCAAGAGGAAACAACAAGCUGAAGUAAUUAAACUCAAGAGUUGCAAAAGCAU